AUGGUCAUUGGCUGGCUCAUAUCUUAUCUAGAACGUUCCGUUGCCAAGAGUGUUAUGUACUAUAAUGAUGCUCGCGAUAUAUGGAAAAACCUCGAGGAUCGUUUUGGCCAAACCUCCAGUUCGUUGCUCUAUUCUCUUCAAGAAGAUUUGUCACGUACUUAUCAAGAACUGCACAUGUCGAUUGCUGAAUAUUACACCAAAGUAAAAGGUCUUUGGGACGAAAUUGAUAAUGUCAGUCCUCUUGCUACAUGCACAUGUAUCAACUGCUCAUGCAAUCUGACUAAACAAUAUCUUAAAGAUCGUGAGGAUCAACGCCUUAUUCAUUUUCUGAUGAAACUCCAUGAUAAUUUUCAACAAGCUCGAGGCAAUAUUCUUCGAAUGAAAGAAUUACCUUCCGCUGCUGAAGCAUACCACAUCUUAUUACAAGAACAGCGACAUCAAGAACUCAGUAAGAUCUCCACCUCUUCUCUCACUGAUUUUAUGGCAUUUGCAUUUGACAAGAAAUCCACUUAUGAGAAAUUCUCAAGCAAGACUAGAACAUCUCAAGAUAAAAAACAACUUGGACGAGGUUUCAAACAUUGCCAAAUGAGUGGUUAUAGAAUCCAACGGUGCUAUAAGCUACACGGUUAUCCAAAUUCCGAGCAACAUCAUUCCAAACGCACUGCUGCUUUUGCUCUUGAUUCUGAUCAGGAUCAUAAAAUUGAUGUACACAAAACCGGUUUGUCUGUUGAACAAUUCCAAAACCUGCUGCACUACCUUGGUAAAACUGAUGCACAUAUUGCCAAAUAUCCAUUGGAAGUCACUAUUUCUGCCAACGUAGCAGCUACGUUCUACUUUCUUUCUUCAUGCUCUAAUUUUGGAUGA